AUGCCUUUAUUUGGGCACAAUGCGCCCACCACGCGCCCCCGAGGCGUCCUGCACCCCGUCACGCGCGAACCCCCGGGCCUGGCGAAGACGGGGCCGCGUCCGCAAGCGUCGUUUGCAAAGCGACCGCUGCACCCAUCAGAACGCGAAGUUCAGACGCAGCUGCAGUGCCAUUUCGAAGUUGGUAUCGCGCGGCGAGAAGGCCUGAUGGGGGCCGCUAUACGUCAGCUUCCUGCUCAUGUACUCGCCCCUCCGCCUUCCUUUGGCACGCUCUCCUCUGCGCAACAAGACCUUGACCAGUUGAAAGCUUUCCAAACGACUCUGACAAGCGCCCCCGUCCAAGAAGCCCUCAAGCAUGCCCAGCUGCGAGGUGGUUCAGGAAACGCCGACGUCGAGCUCAGCCGCUUGAGGCGAGACAUCCGAAAGCGUCGGCGCCCUCCCUCGCCCGAGUCGCCCUUGCCGUACAAUGCGGAGCAGCAGCCCACGGAGAAAGCGAUCUUCCCGAGCGCUGAGGGUGGCCCGUUGGCGGUGUCCGAGCUGCCCGAGUUCGUGCGCGGGUUCAACCGGGCGCAUGGGGCGAGUGCUGUCCGGGUGCACGUCUGGGUGCGGCAUCGCGGGGACGCGCAGGCGAAUUUGGGGCAAAUUCGACAAAGUCGACCGCUCGUCCUGCGGGUGACGAUUGCGAGUGUGCUCACCGCAUAUCUUGGCUUUGGGGUGCAGGAUGACGAGGGCGGGACGCUCUGCGCGGAAAGCGUCGUCGUGCUUGGCCCUCGAGAAAAGGCGCGCCACCGCAAAGAUUAG